CGACUCCGCAGUCCGCAGGACCGGUCACUCGGCACGCAGGCUAGCAGCACAGCAGCAGCCAGAGCCAUCCCCUCUCCUCGCUACGCUUCGCUUCCUCGGCGCCGAUUCCUCCUCCUCCUCCUCCACCCUCGUCCGUCCCCUUCCGGCGCGCGAGCUCGCCCGAGAUGGCGAACGCGAGAUCGGGUGUCGCUGUGAACGAUGAGUGCAUGCUGAAGUUUGGCGAGCUGCAGUCGAAGAGGCUGCACCGCUUCAUAACUUUCAAGAUGGACGACAAGUUCAAGGAGAUAGUUGUGGACCAGGUCGGGGAUCGCGCUACCAGCUACGAUGACUUCACAAACAGCCUCCCUGAGAAUGACUGCCGAUACGCGAUCUAUGAUUUCGACUUUGUUACUGCAGAGGAUGUCCAGAAGAGCAGGAUCUUCUAUAUCCUAUGGUCCCCAUCCUCCGCCAAGGUGAAGAGCAAGAUGCUUUAUGCAAGCUCAAACCAGAAAUUCAAGAGUGGCCUCAAUGGCAUUCAGGUUGAACUCCAGGCCACAGAUGCGAGUGAAAUCAGCCUCGAUGAGAUCAAGGAUCGGGCACGCUAGGCGCACCGCCAUCGCGAGUUUCAUGGUCACGCAUCAUGGACUCGCCUACUACUGUGGAUUUGUACGCCAUUAUAGACUUGGUGCUGCGAAAGACUGCUUUGGUGAUUUGUGGGUUUGUUGCUGUGUAAAAAGAUCCUCAUGGCUUCCAGAAGACCAUGAAGGUUUGGAUCUAUCAUGUAAUUCCUUGUUAUCUGCCAAUUAUGUAUGGACUAUGGACAUGUGUUGCGCUGUUCAACUCACUACAAAUAAGUAAUCGAUAUAUUCCCUACCCAUGAA